GCAGGCGUAGUGUUGGCGCUCUACUCUGGAACAUGGCGGCGCGUUCGCUGUGGGCGGUGCAGCGGCUGCAGCGCCUCCUGGCCUCGGGGGCUAUGUCAGAGAGCAGGGGAUGGCUCCACCCAUUCAGCACUGCCACCCAAAGAACUGCUGGGGAAGACUGCAGUUCCGAGGACCCUCCUGAUGGACUGGGACCCUCCCUUGCUGAGCAGGCCUUAAGGCUCAAAGCUGUUAAACUGGAAAAGGAAGUCCAGGAUUUAACCCUGAGAUACCAGAGAGCUGUCGCUGAUUGUGAAAACAUAAGGAGAAGAACCCAGAGAUGUGUGGAAGACGCGAAGAUAUUUGGGAUCCAGAGCUUCUGCAAGGACCUGGUGGAGGUGGCAGACAUUUUGGAGAAGACUGCCAAGUGCUGUUCAGAAGGGGCAGAACCUGAGGACCACAGGCGCACUCUGGAAAAAGUCUUCCAAGGGCUGUCCCUGCUAGAAGCCAGACUGAAAAGCGUAUUUACCAAGCAUGGCCUAGAGAAAAUGACACCCAUCGGUGACAAAUACGACCCUCACGAGCAUGAACUCAUCUGUCACAUGCCAGCAGGUGUUGGGGUACAGCCUGGCACCGUGGCAUUAGUUCGGCAAGAUGGCUACAAACUUCAUGGCCGCACCAUUAGACUUGCGCAAGUGGAAGUGGCAGUAGAGUCUCAGAGAAGACUCUGAACAGGUCACUGGAACCAAACCUUCUCCCAGAGUCAGGCACCUAUGUCUCCUUUAUUUAUUAAGCUGGUUUGUAUUAUACACGAGUCCUUCGUGUGCUCCGUUUCGGAUUUAGUCACAUUGGCUGUAUCUCUACAGCGUCUUAUUGGGUUUGUGUGACCUGUUUGGUCUCAUCGGGAGUCCUGCCACUAGGCAUUUGAACAAUAGGACACGUGUCGUGGCCUUUAUCAAAAUGUUUACAAAAAUCAUUUAAAUUGGUACUCUGAUGAUUGAAUCCAAAAUCUUCUUACCUGUGUUUUCAUCUAACUGCUGGAAUUAGUGCAGCACCUUGUAUCUUAUAUUUUGGGAAGAGGGAAAAGGUAGGGAUUGGUUUGACGUUUAGGUACGUAGAUGACGAUGCCUUACCCUUGUAUAUGUUUAAGUCAUGUGGGCUGGCGUGUAGAGAGAUUUCCUAAGACUCCUAUCUCAUGCUUGUAGUCCUUGCCAGGGUCACACUCACACCCCUUUCUGGUCCCUUUUGGAAGGGCUAAAGGGUCAGGCCAGCCAGUCUUCCUUUCUUGUUGGUAAGGUGAAUAUAUUUAUUACUAAACUGGUCUCGAGUCUAAGAACAGGCAAGCCCUGGUUGCCGUGACAAUACAACUCAAUCCCAGAGAGACUAAAAGCCUCCAUACAUCUCAAGUUGGAGAAAUAGACUUUGGGGACUUGGCAUGAUGGCUGUCAAUUCAAAAAUAAAAACAAAAUAUUAAGGUGGAUAAUAUUUUUUACAGUUUAUAAUUUACACAAAAGUAAUUGCCUCCCUUGCAUGGACUCAGAAUGAACCAGGCUAUCCUCCUUUCUGGGUUGGAGAGGACAAGAGACUUCAUAGCAGCAACAACAAAAAUGAAUACAAUCAGAGUCCUCGGGCGCAUUGUAAAGCAGUUGCUGUCACCUUCACCAUUCCAGUUUUUAAAUCCUGAGUCAAAAGCACCAAGAAAAAGAAAUUUUUUUGUAUAUUUAUUAUUGACAAAAAGACCAAAGUUCUCUCAGUUCUGCAUAUGUUUUGUUAAGAAAAGGUGUGGUAUAGCUCCAACCCUGUCCACCUAAAAUCAUUUGCAGUGCACAGAGGAAGGGCCAUAUUCCUUGUGUUCUUCCUUGGUGAACUGUAUGUAUCUCCUGGAAGAUGGACAGUAAGGCUAAGGUGCACCUGUCCAUCCACACUUGUACUGGGGGAGCAAGGAUGUUGAUUUUCAUGGUCCUGGAAGCCAGAGGAGUGAUCUGCAUCUUGUAGGAACCAGUGCCUGAGUUCAUGGGGUCACCACCAGACAGACAGCACUGGGUUGGCACUGAAGUCUUUGCUGACAUUGACAUCACACUUAGAGAUGGAAUGGAAGGUAAGUUCAUCGUAUCCCACACCCAGAAAGAAAGGUGGAAGAACCCCUGGGGGCAGCAGAGUUGGUUCUUGCCAGUAACAAUGACCUGGCCAUCGGGCAGCUCCUAACUCUUCUCCAGGGAGAAGGAUGCAGCAGCAGGCAUGUCUUAUGGGAAGUCCCAGGCAACAUGGCACAGGUUCCCCUUGAUGUUAACAGUUGGCCGUGGUGAGGCUGUAGCUUGCUCAGGAGCUUCAUGAGUAGUCUAGAAGGUCUUGUCCAACAGGAUCACAUAAGGAAGGAUAUAGUCCCUGUAGAUGAGCAAUGUGGGUGACCCUGUCUCCAGAGUCCAUUGGGAUGCAAGUGGUACUAUGAAGACAGCACAGCCUUGGUGGCUAUGUGCAUGGCUGGGUGUUGAUGAUCUGGGUCAUCUAUUCAUGACUGGCUUAGGGUUCGGGGAGCAGCACCAAGCGCUCCUACGGGACCACACAUGUCACAUAGUAUAAAGUAUGGUGGUGUGUCUUGUCAUUCAAGUUGGUGACAGUUAAAUCCUCCAUGGAUACCUCAGGGUCAGGACUCUUCUCUUGCUCUAGGCCUUGUUACCCACCCAUGUAGGAAACAUGGCUAACGCCACCAUCACACCCCAAUACAUUGGGCUACCCCACCAUGAAGCAGGAGACAGACUUGGAAGCAUGCUCACCUAUGAAGCCAGCUCUGUUAGUGCCAGUGAAACAAUAUCUGCCUCCAUGGCAAUUGGUGACAGGUGGACCCGGCAGCGGAGGAUCUGAGAGAAGCCUGUGCUUGCCAGGUAAAUGUGGAUACCACAGAGCAUCUUCCCUUCUACGUAAGGAGCUAUUUUUACAGCUCCUUGGGUAUGAAGCAAUUUUAGGCAGCGCCAACAGCAAAUGACCCAAAUAACAUUCGUAUAGCUAAUUACCUACAGUGGCUGGUUCUACCAGCCCUGAUUCUUGGCCUUCGUCAGAUUGGCUCUGGGAUCCUAUAUUAGAUUAUAUGGGGAGAAAACAAAAAUUCUGGACUCUUAACAAUUUCUCAUUAAAUAAGGCUGAUGCGUGCCUUUUUUCCCCGUCAUAGGGGCUGACAAGUUACUACCUCUCACAACAACAAAACUUGGGUUUUUAGAGCAUUGGGGAUUGGAUGCAAGGUCUCAUGAAUGCCAGGUAAGCUCUCUACAGCUCCCAGCCCUGGCAAGCUUUGUUUCCUCGUUUCUGUAUCCGCCUUAGGCCUUGUUUGUAUGUACAUCCACUUAUGUAUUAUCCUUGUAAAUUCUAUGAACCCGUAUAGUUUAAGUCUCAAUAACUGAUGAUGUGUAAAAGAUUUGCCCAGUAAAUACCUUAAUGCGCGAAUAAUACACAAGGUAAACUUGAUAAAGGUUUUAGCAUAAGAGGUCUUAUAUAGGAGAAAAUGGGAAUGAGAAAUUGAUGUAAAUAAACUUGCUUAGGAAAAAUACUAGGUAGAAUUUGGCAAAAGCAGCCGUCUGAAUCUCUUAGCAUAAUUCUGCCAGGCAGGCAGGACGGCCUGGGUUAAAGGAUCUUUCCCUUUAUUAAUCUCUUAAGAGAUGGAGUGACUUCUCCCUGGGAAGGUCUAUGGAUUCUAUAACAUCACCCAUUCUGCUGCUUCUGGAGCUUAAAGAUGUCUAUUCUAGGACUAGACUCAGAGACAGCCCUUCUACAGACUUUGACUGGACUACAAAUUAAACUGGCACCAACUGGGUCACUAGAAGAACCAAAAUCUGUUGUCCACAUAAAUACAAGAAUCCCACAAAAUCUGAGACUGUCAGAAAAUUGGUGCUUAGAUCCCACCCUCAUCCACAGGACAGGGCUUAGGUCUCCUAGAAACUGGAAGAGCAGAGAAAGCUAUAAUGAAUAAAGGUGGUCUUGUAGACAUUGUCUGGGAGGCCCUUUGAUACAUAAAACUGGAAAUUGUAAAUAUACAGGUAUACAGAUUUUCAACUUCUGUAUUAAAAAAGAGAAAAACA